GGAAUUUCCAAACAGACCCGUUAUCUCAAACAUAGAUCAGUCUCAAUUUCUUCUUCAUCAUCCAUCUUUUUUCUGGUAAUGUUCCUUUAGUAAAUUCAACGCUCAGCUCAUGCGUUUGCCCCAACGCGCCUCUCCCAACGACUAUAACCGCCUCCUACUGCUACUCGCCUCUCUGUGACUCUCCUCCUCCGCCACCAGAUAUGAUGUAUACCUAUCCUCCUCCUCCUCCGCUGCCGUUCUAUUUUCCCAUUUAUAGUCCGGUGCAUGUUCCAUACAUUGUCCCGGUCCAAGGUCCAAAUCAGCCUCCUCAUGACCACUACUAUCAUUAUCAUUAUCAUCAUCAUCAUAACCCUAAUCACCAUCGCCGCCGCCACCAGCGUCAUAAUCAGCAGAAGUAUGUGCCAGUGAGGAAUCAUAAUAACAAUAGUCAUUAUCUGUCAGUUCGGUAAUUAUAGUCAAAAUCAUCAUUAUGUAAAGAAGCGCAAGGAGAUGAAGUGGUAGAGUUCACAGCAUUUGAUCAUGUGAAUAAAAAUGAUUUGAACGGCUCUCCGAUGAGGCUAUGCAGAAACUUUUAAAUCAGGAAGGAACUGGGAAUACUAAAGCAUGUUCGGUCGGCCAGUGCUGGUGUUGGUUGUAAGCAAGUUACUAUGGCUAACUUCUCUUAUUCAUCCACUAUCUGCCACUUCUAACAACAUAACAAAUGAUGAGUUUGGCAUUAAAAAGCUUGCCAAUGCCAACGUCAACCCAGGUUUCAUAAGCAUUGAUUGUGGGGUGGAUCAAGAUUACACAGACAAACAAACGGGAAUAUUUUACAAGACCGACAAAGAAUUCACAAGCACCGGAGAAAACCGAGACAUAUCCCCCGACUACGAUGAAGUACUUCCUUAUUCUGAACGACAAUUGAAAAAUGUAAGAUAUUUUUCAAAAGGAAGAAAAAACUGUUACGCUCUACGACCUAAUCGAGGAAAAAAUCACAAUUAUCUUAUCAGAGUACUAUUCAAGUACGGAAAUUACGAUGCGAAGAAUCUAUUUCCGAAGUUUGAUCUGUAUUUGGGUGUUAAUUAUUGGAUGCCAGUGCAAGUUCCGGAAAAUGCAUCAGCUCCAGGAAUGUUUCAGAUCAUUCAUUUUUCUUUAACUGAUAUUAUAUAUAUGUGCCUCGUUAAUACUGGUUCUGGAGUACCCUUCAUUUCAUCAUUAGAAGUGCGGCUUUUGAACUAUUCUGUAUAUACAAAUGAGUCCAGAGCCUUGGUAGUUCUUGUGAUGUCUGACUUGGGGAAAUCACUCAGUUUGGUCAGGUACAAAGAUGAUGUGUAUGACCGUGCCUGGAAUACUGAGACCCCUAUGUUUUGCAAAUCAAUAAACACAACAGCAGAAGUUGAUAAUGAGGAGAGGAAUGAUCCCUUUAGAUUACCGAGUGAAGUAUGGAGAAGUGCAGCUCAACCACGUAGUCCCCUCAGAAUUCUGAAUUUCCGCAAAGCUGACAUAGCCAACCGUGAAUACUAUAUAUGUUUUCACUUUGCAGAAAUAAUGCAAAAUCCGCAGGGCCAGAUACGAGAAUUUACCAUCAUUUUGAAUGGAGAAUAUUUUGGACCUAUUAAACUUGAAUACUUGAAACCAAUCAGCAUGUGCACUCGUACAUUUCCAUUUCAGCAGUCUUUUCAAUAUUCUAUCAAUGCAACAGUGCGAUCUCAUCUUCCACCAAUUCUUAAUGCCUUGGAGAUUUAUGGCGUAAUGCCGCUUCCUGAUUUACCGACUUACUUAGCAGAUGUUGAAGCAAUCAAGGCCAUUAUGCUAUCAUACAAUAUAAAUAGAGAUGAAUGGCAAGGUGACCCAUGUAUGCCAAGAGAUCUUCUUUGGAAUCGUUUGAACUGUAGCUAUGACACUAAUCCUCCAAGGAUUAUCUCUCUGGAUCUCAGUUCAAGUGGAUUGACAGGCAACAUUUCUUCAUCAUUCUCCACCCUCGAAGCUCUUCGGUCCUUAAAUUUAUCUUCCAAUGGCUUGAUAGGAACUGUACCUGAAUUCUUAGCUCGUCUGCCAAAUUUAACUACUCUAAAUUUAAGUGGAAACAAGCUCACAGGUUCACUUCCCCAGUCUCUGGUUGAAAAAUCCAACAACGGAAAUUUGCAGCUAAGCUUAGGUGGAAAUCCAAGUUUAUGCCUGAAAGAAAAUUCCUGUCAGAAAAGAAAGCAGAACUUUCUGCUUCCAGUUAUCGUAUCAGUUACAGGUAUUUUGGUGCUUCUCGUGUUUGGUAGUAUGGCUAUCUUCUGCAGAAUGAAAUGGCCCUUCGCAAGACCACACUCAACGAACAACGAAGGUUCAUCAGUAAUAUCAAGGAAUCGUUGCUUUAGUUACUCCGAUAUUGUUAGUAUCACUGAUAAUUUUAGAACCAUGAUUGGAGAAGGAGGAUUCGGAAAAGUUUACUUUGGGACUUUAAAGGAUAGCACUACUCAAGUUGCAGUUAAGUUGCUAUCUCAAAAUUCAAGACAAGGUCAUAAGGAAUUUCAAGCUGAGGCACAGCUUUUGAUGAUUGUUCAUCACAAGAACUUAGUUUCUCUAAUUGGGUAUUGUGAUGACCGUACCAAUAAGGCCCUGAUUUAUGAGUACAUGUCUAACGGAAACUUGCGAGAGCAUUUAUCAGAUACAAGUGGAACUAUUUUGAAUUGGAAUGAGAGACUUCAGAUUGCAGUAGAUGCAGCACAUGGAUUGGAGUAUCUUCACAACGGUUGCAAACCGCCUAUAAUUCACAGAGAUUUCAAGACUACAAACAUUUUACUUAAUGAAAAACUGCAAGCAAAGAUCUCUGAUUUUGGACUAUCAAGAGCUUUCGCAAAUGAAAGUAAUUCGCACGUAACAACUCGACCGGCCGGCACAUUUGGUUACCUGGAUCCUCAGGCUCAAGUUUCGGGGAGCUUUAACAAGAAAAGCGAUGUGUACAGCUUUGGGAUUGUACUACUAGAGCUAGUAACAGGUCAGCCUGCAAUAAAAAGAGACUUGUCGGGAAAUAUCAAUCGCAUACAACACUCUGUUACUCCAAUGAUUGAAAGAGGUGAUAUCAGAAGUGUUGUUGAUCCAAGGCUACAAGGCGGAUAUGAAAACAAUUCUGCUUGGAAAAUAGUCGAAAUAGCCUUGUCCUGUGUUCUUGAUUCUGCAAUACUAAGACCAGACAUGAGUUCUGUAUUGGUUGAUCUUAAAGAAUGUUUAGCUAUAGCGAUGCCUGUCGUAAGAUCAAAUAAUUCACUUCAAAAUAGAUCUUAUGAUAUUGACUCGGAUAUGGUUCCUAGUCCGAGGUAGUAGGGUUUUUUUUUUUUUUUUUGA